CUUUCUUUUCCCUUCUUAAAAUAAUGGAAGGAGAUAGCCUAAUAUUAUAACUAACCAGCCAAACGUGCAGCCCACAAAAAACCUCUUCAAAAACACACACCACCUUCACAAAUCAUUCCCAUAAUCACAAAGCUUCUGCUCCAACAAGAGAGGAAUCCCUGCUGAAACCAGCACUUCCAGAAUGCCAAAUUCAGUAGCUAAGGCUCUGGAGCAACCAAAGCCACAGCAAAUAAGUCCAUUCUCAACACCAACACAAUCACCCUCCCGGCUUUCAAUCUCUCUUCAACAACCUUCAAACAGAUCUAAGGGAUCUAAAUCAGGAAAGUUUUACAAUCAAAUUCGUUCCCUCUUCAGAUCAUUCCCUAUAAUCCACCCAUGUAUGAUGAUGCCUCUUCCUCUAUAUGGUAACAAGUACCAGGAUGGACUUAUACAUGGAGGAACUCGAUUGACAGGUACCCUCUACGGCUGCCGCAAGGCAAGGGCUACCCUUGCCAUCCAAGAAAACCAAAGGUGUCUUCCCAUGUUGAUACUUGAGCUAGGGGUCCCUACUGGCAAGCUACUACAAGAAAUGGGUUCAGGCCUUAUGAGAAUAGCACUCGAAUGCGAGAAACAAGCAGUUGAGAAGACAAAGCUCAUUGAAGAACCUCUAUGGAAUAUGUUCUUGAAUGGCCGAAAGGUUGGGUAUGGCAUGAAGAAGGAACCAAGUGAUGAAGACUUGAAUGUUAUGCAGCUGCUCCAUGCUGUUUCAAUGGGUGCAGGUGUUCUACCUACUUUGAAAAAGGAAAUGCCUGAUGGGGAGAUGACUUAUAUGCGAGCUUUCUUCGAACGAGUGAUAGGCUCUAAAGACUCUGAGACUUUCUACAUGAUGAACCCAGAUGGUAAUAGUGGGCCUGAACUUAGCAUAUUUUUUGUGAGGUUCUGACAUUUUUCUCCCAAAUU